AUGCAAAGACUCCGGAAGUACUCUGGAUACUGGAUGGAGCGGGUAGACUAUCUGGAAAGUGCCAUCGGCGACUCAGCCGAUAAACACGCCAGAGAGCUCGAAAACUUGAAGACGGUGCACAGCCGGCUGCAAACAGAAUCGAAAGCCAAGGAGCUUUCUGUCUGCUUCCAACGGAUGCGCGCAGUGACUCCUUCUUGUCAGGAGGCGCACCAUGCCAAUGUGGUAGAAAGGCUUACCACUUUGGAGAAGACAAUCGGCGAAUCAGCCGACAAGCAUGCUCAGGAGCUUGCGGCAGCACAUGGCAAAAUCGCCAGCAUGCACACGCGCCUCUCCACCUGUGAAGCGACAGGAUCAACGAUCGAUGGUUUGAAGAAGGCGCAUGCAAGUCUUGUGGCUGACAAAUCAGCUCGUGAUGCUCAUCAUGCGUCUUUUGCAGAGCGGCUGGAUUAUUUGGAAAGGACCUUCGGAGACUCUGCAGACAUGCAUGCCAAGCAGCUCAAGGCGGCGCACGAUAAGAUUGAGAAGAUCCACGCUCGAGUUGCGAAUUGCGAGGAGACAGGCUCCGCUGUGGCAGACUUACACAAAUCGCAUCAACAGGUAAGCCAAGAUCACCGGGAUAAGCUCUCCACACUGCACUCCUCUGUCAGUGAGCGGCUAAGCUAUUUGGAAGGCUUGAUUGGCGAGUCGGCUGAGUUGCACGCAAGAGAGCUGGAAGCAUUGAAAUCUUCCCACUCGCGAAUUGCCUCUGAAGCCAAAGCUCGAGAUGCACAUCACGCCACAGUGUCGGAGCGGCUGGACUACAUCGAAAAGCUUUUGGGAGACUCAGCAGACAAACAUGCACGGGAAAUCAAGGCGGCCCACAGCAAGAUUGAGCAGGUACACCAGAGAGUCUCUGGAACGCAGCAGGAGGAUGCGAUAAGAGCACUUCUUAACUCCGAGAAGGAAGCCCGGCAAAAGCAUGUAGCUACCGUGGAAGAGCGACUGGAACGCUUGGAAGCGGCAAUGGGUGACACUCAUAACAGGCAUUCGCUGGAGAUCGAGUCUACUAAAGCUGCUCACCAGCGGCUGAGCAAAGAGCAGAAGCUACGUGAUGACAAGCAUGCAUCUUUUGCAGAAAGACUGGAGUAUUUGGAAGGGAAGAUUGGCGACUCCUUUGAUCAGCAUGAGCGUGAACUGAAGGCAGCGAAUGCCAAGCUGGAGCAAGUUCACAAUCGGCUCGCGCAGUGCGAGAAGCAUGGAGCAAGUAUUUCUGAGCUCCAUCGGUCACACAGCACAAGUUCGCAGGAGCACAAGGCUGUGCUUGCAGCCCAUAGCGCUUCCCUGGGCGAGCGUUUGGACUUCCUUGAAAAAAGCCUCGGUCAGUCCGCCGAGAAGCAUGCCAAAGAAGUAGAUGCUUUGAAGGCUUCGCAUUCGAAGAUAGCAACAGAGACCAAAGUUCGAGAUGCACACCAUGCAACCGUAUCGGAAAGACUCGACUACAUCGAAAGGAUGGUCGGCGAUUCUGCAGACAAGCACGCCAAAGAGUUGGCCGCAGCACACGAGAAGAUCAAAGACAUGCAUAAGCGUGUGGUCGAUUGUGAGGCACGCGGAACCCAUGUGGACUCCGUUCGAAAGGCACACGACAAGAUGGCAAGCGAGCAGGCAGCUCACGCCUCCAACCACGCAACAUUGAGAGAGCGAGUGGAUUUUCUUGAGAAGAAAGUCGGGGAUUCGGCUGAGCACCACAAGAAGGAGCUACAAGCAAGCCGGCAAGCCCAGGAGCAACUCCAUGCACGCUUCAACGAAGAGCGGCAGUUGCGAGAGCAGGUGCAAGAGCAGUUCCGGUCCGAAAAGGCCGCGCGAGAGCGACAUCAUUUACAUAUACAGGAUCUCAUUGGCCGUGAAAAAGAUGCCAGAGAAAAGAUCCAUGAGCAUCAUCAAGAACUGUUGGGGCGUGAACGUUCUGCUAACGAGGUGCGUCACAAGGAUGUGAAUGAAGCCAUGCAAAAAGAGCGGGCAAUACGGGAGCAGGCGCACACCUUGCUUCAUGACCUGGUGCACAAGGAAAAGGCCGCCCGAACUGCAAUAGAGGAGGUUCUGGCACAAGAAAAGGGCGAGAGAACAAAGCAUCUGGUCCACUUGGAUGAAAAAGUGGAUUCUCUCCAGAAGUCCAUGAGCAUAUUUGACAGCUUGAUGCGGAAGGAAAUCGACGAGAGAACCAAGGAAUAUCGGCGCUUGUGGGAUGCCAUUGAUACCCACACCCAUGACCUCUCGACUCAGGUUAUCAGCGAGCCUGGUGGAUUUUCUGCAGAGCCAGCAGUGGGGGCGAGUGCACUUGAUUCCAACAUGUACCAGCGUUACAUGGCAAGUGGCCCAGCGCCGUCUGUUGGAACAACGGCAGUGUCCCAAGCUUGGGUACCCAGUGUGCAGCCUUUUCCUUACCAAGAACCGGUAGCUCCUUCUGCACCCUCAACUUCUACAGUGUGCAUGCCUCCGAGCGUGCCGCCGGUUCAGACGUGGGGCAUCCACGGCAAAUGA